AUGGUGGCGACAUCAGCUGCCCCACAGGGCAUUACUUCAGGCAUGGUGGGGACAUCAGCUGCCCCACAGGGCAUUACUUCAGGCAUGGUGGGGACAUCAGCUGCCCCACAGGGCAUUACUUCAGGCAUGGUGGAAACAUCAGGUGCCCCACAGGGCAUUACUUCAGGCAUGGUGGGGACAUCAGGUGCCCCACAGGGCAUUACUUCAGGCAUGGUGGAAACAUCAGAUGCCCCACAGGGCAUUACUUCAGGCAUGGUGGAAACAUCAGAUGCCCCACAGGGCAUUACUUCAGGCAUGGUGGAAACAUCAGAUGCCCCACAGGGCAUUACUUCAGGCAUGGUAGGGACAUCAGAUGCCCCACAGGGCAUUACUUCAGGCAUGGUGGAAACAUCAGAUGCCCCACAGGGUAUUACUUCAGGCAUUGUGGAAAGAUCAGAUGCUCCACAGGGUAUUACUUGGGGCAUUGUGGAAAGAUCAGAUGCCCCACUGGGUAUUAUUUCAGGCAUGGUGGGAACAUCAGAUGCCCCACAGGGUAUUACUUCAGGCAUGGUGGAAACAUCAGAUGCCCCACAGUGUAUUACUUUAGGCAUGGUGGAAACAUCAGAUGCCCCUAAGGGUAUUACUUCAUGCAUGGUGAAAACAUCAGAUGCCCCACACUGUAUUACUUUAGGCAUGGUGGAAACAUGA